CCAAUCAGUAGGCACAGCUAUCUACAUCACCUAUAGAUAUCUACAUCACACUGCUCACUCUGAGAACAGCCUUUUGUCUUUGACUCUACAUCAGUGGAAAGAAUGAAGUGUAUUGUGAUCUUUCUCGUGUUGUCCAUGGUCGUGCUCAUGGCUGAACCUGGAGAAGGCUUUCUUGGAACGCUUCUCCAUGGAGCUGUUCACGUCAGCAAGAUACUCCAUGGGAUUAUGGGUGGGGACCACGGUGUCCAAGAGCAGGAAGAGCAGCUGGACAAACGUUCAACCGAUUACAACUCAGGGCGGCCUGGUUUUUCCUAGACUAAAGGGGCCACUGCGAAGGAUGCUUUGAAUGAAAAGAAAUGCUUCUUGUUCACCACUUAAUAUAUAUAUUGCACUGCAGCUAACUGAUUGAAAUUGUUUGGGAAUAAAUUUGCAUUGGAGUGUU